ACAAAACAUUCUUAUCUAAGGCGUGAACCAACAUAAUAUUUUUAAAUUAUUCCCAGUUUUAUUCUCUUAGUUUACUAAGUAUUCUAUGAUAUAUUGUUUUCUACCGGAAUUAUUUGUUUUUUUUACAAUAAUAUUUGCUUAACAAUUUACUAUAAUAUAUUGCAAUGAGUUCUGACAAAGUUGACUACCCUAAAGCAUCUAAGCUAAUUAGUGAUGCUGGUGUAAUAGUUUAUAUUGGAGGAUUUCUAUUAGUUAUUGCAUUCUUAAGCCCAUAUUGGAUACAAUCAUAUAAUGAUGCAUUUAUGAAUUUUAAACACAUGGGUUUAUGGACUUACUGUUUUGACCAUUUUCGUCAUCCUCAUUAUCAAUUUGACAAACUUUUUGAUGGAUGUAAUUCAGUUUUUAAUGAAGAUACUUACGUGAUUCGAGAAUGGCUUUUACCGGGAUGGCUAUUAUCUUUGGAGCUUUUUAUGACCUUAGCAUUAGUGCUAUCUCUUGGAACAUUAGCAAUAAUUGCCGCAGUAAUAACUAGAUAUCCACAGCGUAUUGUACUUAAAUAUGAGUACAUGCUUUCAGCUGCAUGUUUUAUAGCUACUUCAAUAUCUGCUUUCUUAAUAUUUUUAACAGUAAUCUUAUUCCCAUUCAACUGUUGGAGACGUGAUUGGCUCAUGUAUCCUAUGUAUAAUCACCUAUCUUGGUCAUUUUAUACAGCAAUUAUAUCAGGAUUUGUGCAUGCAUAUGGAGCGUGGUAUUUAUACAAGGAUGCAAGAAUCGCUUAUGAUCAAAGAAGGGAAAGUAAAAACUUAGUAAUGCAAAUGUAUCCUCCUCAUGAACGUAACUUUUAUGAUCAAUAAUCAUUUUUUUUUUUUUUUUAAUAUAUUUUAAAUAAUAUCAAAUCCAUCCAUAAUUAAGUUAACAAUCCGUCCAUGUUAAACCAUUAAAUAUUUAAUUAAUUUAAUUGUUAAUGAUCUAAUAUUGUAUUUCAGUAUUAUUUUAAGAACUGUUUUUA